AUGAGCGCGGUACGGAAUAACAGGCGUAGCAUUCUCCGAAACGACAGAUCGUCGCCCUAUGCGCGGCCUCACGCGAAGAAAUCGGCUUGGAGUAUCUCGGGUCUCUUAAGUUAUCUCAACCCCCUGCGCACUUUUACGCGGGAAUCAGAGGAGCCAGAGGACGAACCAGAGGAUGCACCGAUAGGUGAGCCAGAAGAUGAAGUGGAGGAUGCAGGAGGAGAGGAGGCAGGGGAAGACGAGGAAGCUCUGGCAGCGGAAGGCCCGUCCACGAGUAUGGUUUCGCCUGAUGCGCCUCAGAAUACCGCGCCAGCCAGACAGAACCCUCCAACUAUCACGCUCGACGCUCUUCCCAGACCUCCGCAACAGCCACGACGAUUCGACUUCAGUCCCCGCCGUUCUUUUGCGCAACGGCCAGAACUGCAGGGAACGCCGCCCCAAGCAACAUUGCACCGUAAUUCAGUACCACCUCAGUUCGAUUUCUCUCAUAUUGGUGCAUCCUCGUCGUCAGCACCAGGGGCGAUCGAUGGUGCUGUACUCCCCGAAUCUGACGGCCCGCCGAGUCCGAACAAAGCUAAAGUUAUGCAGUAUCUACAAGAGUCCAAAGGCCGGAAACUCAACCCUGUUGAGAUCGCUGGCCUUGUAUCGCUGUUGAAGGAAGAAACUUCAGAUGACACUGAGCCGGAGCCCUUCCGGUUUCAAAGUCGAAGCCCGUCUCGAGCGACGAGCGUUCCUUUGCCAAAUGGCACUACGCCCUCAACAUCCAGGCAAGGGCGAAUGCUUAGCAAGAAUCCUAACGGCGUCUACAAGUGGCAGGGAGCCGGUAGUGCUCGACCACGACAACGGUAUCAUUCACCUGGUUUCGGGCAGCCGCGCUCAUCUUCGUCCAGAAUUAAGUUAUCACCUCCGAGGAUGCUCACAACAGAUACUAAGAGGCGUCGUGUUGGCUCAGAAGCGGAGACCUCUUCAGCGCAACCUGUUACCACCUCUCCGACAACUGCUGCCCCCCGCCAGGGUUCAUCACAACCCACGUCACAUAACCAGAAUCCUUCGCCACCCAGCAACGGUAUAACUCCGGGUAUUAAUGGGACGUCCGCAGAACCUAACAUGAAUGGCACGAGUUCUCUGCCACGCAUCCAUGCAUCGUCUGGUGUCUCUCAUAAGCCUUCUACUCCCGUGAGACCGUCACCUUUGCGCCAGGCGUGGAGUGGGGAAGACCCUCCGUCACCCCCGGCGCCACCUGCGAGAGGACAGACGAGGGCUGCUGCUUUUAUGCAAGAGUUGGUUCGUGAAAAUACAGCUCCCAAAAAGCCCGACAUCGCCAAUCCCUAUCAGCAAAUGAUGCCUUCACCCAUGCGGCGCAUCAAGAGGUCUACCAUACCCGCCCGGAAGACCAGGUCUGCGGCAGCCAAGGAGCGGGAGGAAAAAGAGAAGGAGAAGCAGCAAGAGAGGGAGAAAGAGGCAGAGACACAGAAACAGAAACAAGCACAGGUAAAGAAGCUGUCCGCGCAGUCCAUUAUUGAAGCAACAGUACCUAAGGGGAGCAAGCGUGCUCGGCCUCCUCCUGAGCUAUUAGAGAAGUCCCCGUCGAAGACUCAGUCGAAGGAACCCGCACCAUUCACUUCGGCAGCGGCGCCUUCCUCCCCUCGCAGGAGCCAACGCUUAUUGAAGUCACCUUCACCGCCGCCUGCUGAAGCCAAGAAAUCUGCUCCGACGGUCGAGGAAGUUCCCGAUGAUGAAGGUCCCGCAGCGAAGAAGCAGAGGAAAGAAUCUGCUUCUCGCGAACCACCACGCGGCACGACCCAGGAUCCAGAGAUAGUGGAGAUUGACGAUGACGACGACCAAGAGACAUCUGCCAAAGCAUCCGGCCCGUCUUACACGCAGCCUUCUGAGGUUGUGGAGCCAGCCGAGUCGAGCCGCCGCCCCAGUCCUCCGAAGUCGAACCCUCCCACUACUGCUACUACCAGCAAUCCUGUUGGCUUGAACGGCACCCGUGCUCCCCCGCUACGGUCGGCCUUUAGCAUCAAGUCUACCGCGCCGAAAGCGCCUUCGAGAUUACGAUAUAGUUACCACCCUGAGAGCGAUGGGGAGAGCUCGGCGUCGUCCACCAAUGGCAGCCCUCUGGCCGCGCCUACUUCACUACCUAUGCCCACGACGUACGGCCCCGCUGCGCCUGCAGCCCCCGUGACUGGGUCGACUGUUACCCCCUCUGCCAGCCUGUCCGGUGCCACCAAGGCAGCUCCCCCAGUUGCCUCUAGUUCAUCGCAUAUUGCAGGGCCUCGCCCUCAGGGUACUCUUCUGCCAGCAUUCAGUCUUGCAGAGGAGGUCAAAAGUCCUAAGAGAGCUGCGAUUGAGUUGAAAGUGGAGCUGCUGCCUGUGUUCACGUUCACCCUGUCACCGCCAUCAGCGGUAACCCACUCGAAAGCCAAGGAGGAUGCAUUGGCUUUGCCAGAGUCCGCUCUACCAAACUACGAUUUGACGACUCAGCCAGCAACCGCACCAGCAGGAGCGCCUGCGCCCGCCACUGGGUUCAAUUGGGCCGCCGCGGGUGUCAAGGCACCUGCAGCUGCAAGCGGUGCAAAGUGGACAUGUUCCACUUGCAUGUGUGUUAGUCCAGCCACUGCAGAGAAGUGCGUCGUCUGCGAAGAGCCUCGGCCAUGA